GGGAAUCGGUCGUGUUGUUCUCUCCCAUGUUUACGUGGUUCGCGUUUUAAGCGUUUGCGGUUUGGUGAACUUCCAGGAAACAUUUAAAUAUUUUACAAAGGAAGAACAAGAACAAAUGUGCAUAGUGCCACUGGAGAGCAUAUUUAUCAAAUGCUUAUGACAUAUCAACCAAUGAGGAAAAUGAAUGUACGGUUUUGGAUUUUUCUCCUUUACUUUGUGUCAUCGGAUUUGGUCUUAGGAAGAACUAGGUCGAUACGCAACCUCUAUAACCAUAAAUGUGCAGCCCGACUAGAAUCCGCCUUAGACACAACUUUACGGAGAAGUCAGCAGCGAUCAGGAUCCACGUCUUUGAUUGACUUUUCCGAAACUGGUGCUCAGAAGCAGUCGCUAUUCAAUCGAUCACCGUAUAACAAUUACGAAGAAGACGUCGAACAAAUCGUUUCAGAGUACAAACACAAGUACAACAACCAGCAAAAGCACCCAAAUAAUGGAAAUCCUUUCUUCCCACCAUCUGGAGUAUCUCCAACCUCGCAAGUUGAAGUUGCAAAUCUUAAGGUUAGAAUUCCUCAAAAUCUUCAGUGGGUCGUCGUUGAUCGUUGCCAUUUCAUUGAGCAAAACCGAACGUUGGAUACCAAGCUUGAGUUUCCAGAUUUGCAAAUCAGCGGUAGAGUCAUUAUGCAUCCUUCCGGAGGUCGGUGUGAAAUGAUUUUGAGGUUGAGACGGGCUGGAAUUGAGUUUAAGACUAUCCCAUUGGUUCCUAGUGGGUUGGGCGAAAGGAGUAGACAAGCAAACGUUCGAACCGAUUCACAUUUCUCGGAACCUGGAUUUAUUUCGGUUUUUGCUCACAGUUGUGAGGGUCCUACCGGGAUCAAGUAUCGCAUCAACUCGAAACGAAGACAUUUCCUCGCCAAACACCCUUCAAAUUACGAUGCUUUUUACAGCAAGGAUUAUGGUAAUGAAUUUCAGCGAAAUAUGGAACACAAAAGAUCAUUAAAUCUCGAGGAGGACGAUGGUCUUACAGAAAAGGAUAUAUUCAAAUUGACAGACGGAGAUUCACUGUUCUUGUCCCCUUCAGCGUUCCUAGAUGAAGAUGGUGAUGACCCAUCAACGUUCAGUGCUGACAGUAGAACCAUAUUCUCCGACCGGAAUCCGUUUGCUUAUAACGCCUAUGCUGGCAAUGGCGCUGGUUGGCAAACGGUCGAAUCAAACGACGCUCUUGAUGAGGCGUACUCCAAUGAAAUCGACAAUCUUUUUUCAAAGGGAGUACGUGGACUGCUGACGACCUACAUGCAGAAGGCUUUGCAACCUGCGAUCAAAGAAACUUUGAUGGAAAGUAUGGGAUACACGCUAUCUUACGGGUAAGUAAUUGA